UCAAGACAACUGGUUGAUUAGCGAUUCCGUGAUCAAAGGCUCAGAACACAAGGCGUUUCGCCCAAACCUCUGAUUUCGCCAACAUGCAGGACGCUGACGACCGCUUAUAUAAGGCGACGUCCACUUGGCUCCGUCGCAGAGCAGACGAAGAGCCUCGAAGUCGCCGGUUCUCUCCUCCCGAUUCGAGUCGACGCCGAGGAAAUGAUUGGGGUUCGACUGGUGCGUUCAGCUGUCCUGGUAUCCCUGCUGCUAGUGUUCCCGGCCUCUGUCCUCGCCUCUUGGGACGGAAAUGAAAUCCCUCCGUCCCUGCCUUCCUCCUCAGAAUCCUCUCCUGCGACCUCCCUCGCGGGAGCCCAGACCGCAAACAAGCGCAGCAUAUCCUUCGACUCGUGCACGGGCGUCUACGACCGCGAACUCCUUGUAAGGCUCGACCGCGUGUGCGAAGACUGCUACAACCUGUACCGCGACACCGACGUGGCGGUCGAAUGCAGGAGCAACUGUUUCCACAACGAGGUAUUCCUGUACUGCGUCGACUACAUGUACCGGCCUCGCCAAAGGAACCAGUACCGGGCCGCCCUGCAGAGGCUCGGCAAGUAGGCGCUUCCUCUCCGGCCACACCUUCUACGGCGACGCUCGUGCGAUGAUU